GGUUGAAGACUCCGACCGAUCUCGCCUUCGCCAACUUCGCGUUCGGUUUCCUUUUCUCGAGGUUAUAUGUGUACCCGAGAAUCUGCGUUAUUCCGGCGUGCACUUAUGCUAUCGAGUAUAAACGCCCGUUGAAGGACUGUAUGCUGGCUAUAUUCCUAGUGCUGUUGCAGUGCUUGCAUAUCAUCUGGGGUAGUAUGAUUAUCAAGAUGAUUUUCAAGACGAUCAAACACCAUGGUGUUCUCGCGGAUGGUGAUAUUCGCAGUGACGAUGAAGAGAGCACGCCAAAGGGCGAGGAACCGAUCGCCCACAAGAAGAAGGUGCAGUAG